CGGCUUGCCACGGUCAGAGUGGGCAGUCAGUGAAUCUUCCCCCAGUGCUGCUGACAUUUAAUACCUGGUUCAGCGGCAAAGAUUCAGAGAGGGUGAGCAGCCCUUCUGGCAUUCAGGACUUCCUCUGCAAACGGGAAGGCUGUUUCUCAUUAAAGCUCAUCACGUCUCUCUAAGAUAAAAGAUCUGCCCACAAUCAAAAAAUAUGUCACUACAGAUGAUUACAGUCAGUAAUAACAUAGGCUUAAUCCAGCCGGGCUUCUCACUGAUGAAUUUUGAUGGGCAAAUUUUCUUCUUUGGUCAAAAAGGCUGGCCCAAGAGGUCCUGCCCCACUGGAGUUUUCCACUUUGAUGUAAAGCAUAACCAUCUCAAACUGAAGCCUGCAGUUUUCUCUAAGGACUCCUGCUACCUGCCUCCUCUUCGCUACCCAGCCACUUGCACAUUCAAAGGUGGUUUAGAGUCUGAAAAGCAACAGUACAUUAUCCAUGGGGGGAAAACACCGAACAAUGAGCUUUCCGAUAAGAUUUAUGUCAUGUCUGUUGUGUGCAAGAACAACAAGAAAGUUACUUUUUGCUGUACUGAGAAAGACUUGGUGGGAGACGUCCCUGAAGCCAGAUAUGGUCAUACCAUUGAUGUGGUGUACAGUCGAGGGAAGAGCAUGGGUGUUGUCUUUGGAGGGCGAUCGUACAUACCUUCUGCCCAAAGAACCACGGAAAAAUGGAAUAGUGUGGCUGACUGCCUGCCCCACAUUUUCUUGGUGGAUUUUGAAUUUGGGUGCUCUACAUCAUACAUUCUCCCAGAGCUUCAGGAUGGGCUAUCUUUUCAUGUCUCCAUUGCCAGAAAUGAUACCGUUUACAUUUUAGGAGGGCAUUCACUUGCCAAUAACAUCCGCCCUGCCAACCUGUACAGAAUAACGGUUGAUCUCCCGCUGGGUAGCCCGGCUGUGAAUUGCACGGUUUUGCCAGGAGGGAUCUCUGUCUCCAGUGCAAUCCUGACUCAAACAAACAGUGAUGAAUUUGUUAUUGUGGGUGGCUAUCAGCUUGAAAAUCAGAAAAGAAUGAUCUGCAACAUCAUCUCUCUUGAGGGCAACAAGAUAGAAAUUCGUGAGAUGGAGACCCCAGAUUGGACCCCAGACAUUAAGCACAGCAAGAUAUGGUUUGGAAGCAACAUGGGAAAUGGAGCUGUUUUCCUUGGCAUACCAGGAGACAAUAAACAGGCUGCUUCAGAAACAUUCUAUUUCUACAUGCUGAAAUGUGCUGAAGAUGAAGUGAAUGAAGAACAGAAAACAUUCACAAACAGUCAGACAUCAACAGAAGACCCAGGGGAUUCCACUCCCUUUGAAGACUCAGAAGAAUUUUGCUUCAGUGCAGAGGCAAAUAAUUUUGAUGGUGAUGAUGAAUUUGACACCUAUAACGAAGAUGAUGAGGAAGAUGAGUCUGUUACUGGCUACUGGAUUACUUGCUGCUCUACCUGUGAUGUGGAUAUCAACACAUGGGUACCAUUUUAUUCAACUGAGCUAAACAAACCUGCCAUGAUCUAUUGCUCUCAUGGGGAUGGGCACUGGGUCCACGCCCAGUGCAUGGAUCUGGCAGAACGCACACUCAUCCAGUUGUCAGAAGGAAGCAGCAAGUAUUACUGCAAUGAGCAUGUGAAGAUAGCAAGAGCAUUGCAGACCCCAAAACGAGCUGUACCCUUAAAAAAGCCUCCACUGAAAUCCCUCCACAAAAAAGGUUCUGGGAGAGUUCUUACUCCUGCCAAGAAAUCCUUUCUUAGAAGGUUGUUUGAUUAGUUUCACAAAAGCC